CUCCCCCGGUCCAGGAGCCGCCAUCUUCUCCGCCAGCAAACCGGAGCGCGUGCCUUACGUAGCGCGACGUGAUGACGUAGGCGGGGCGUGUAUCGCUUGGCACGUCGCCACGCCGCCCAGCAUCCUCCGACGCGACGUUACGGCGAAACAAAAACAUGAAAUAACAUAACGUCACACGGCCACACGUCGGCCAAAAGCUCUUUGUAAUGGACGGCGUUAUAAUGACACGCGUACACGAUUAAAAGUGUGACGUUUUACGCUGUUCUUCCCUCCUGCGAGGGCGAACUCUAGUGGACGUGAGGGGGAAGCACGCCCUUCUUAUUAGCCACUCCAUUCAUUGGGCUAGUCGGUGACAAACACACACAGCACGGACAAGUGAUGGAGUGCAUCCACACGCACGGCAUAUGGAUGGCGGAAAGUCUCCAGCACAGGACGAAAAGCUUGGAGAAACUCUGGCUGCUCCUAGCCCACGCCGGCGGCCCCAAGGCGGCCUUCCUGUUCGUCUUCCCGUGCACAUACUUCUUCUGCCGGCGGACUGGCAUCGCGGUGCUGUGGGUGGCCGCCGUGACAGAGUGGCUCAACUUGAUGCUCAAAAGUGUGCUUUUUGGUGAAAGGCCAUUCUGGUGGAUCGGUGAAUCCCACGUGUUUGCCAACAAGUGGCCCAAGGUUCAGCAAUACUCCUCCACCUGUGAAAAUGGCCCAGGCAGUCCAUCGGGACACGCCAUGGUCACUGCGGCGGUCUGGUGGGUGGUGGCCUCCUCCCUGCGGUCGUUCCUGUACCGCCGUAAUUACAGCAUACCAUUUACCUACGCACCCUACCUGCUCUAUGGGGCUUUGCUGUUUGUUGUCGGCAUUUCCAGAGUGUUUAUCUUGGCCCACUUCCCUCACCAGGUGGUUACCGGUUCCAUUGCAGGUCUUGUGGUAGGAAUGUACCUGAACAGCAGGGUGCCGGAAAGGUGCUCAUUCCGCUUCUACGUCGGCCUCACUGUGUCCUUGGCGCUCGGCACGCUGAUGCUGAACGCCGGACUUCAGCAGCUGGGCGUCGACCUCACCUGGUCUUUGGUGCUGGCAAAGAAGUGGUGCAGUCACUCCGAGUGGGUUCGGCCCGACGUGGCCCCGUUCACCUCACUGGCCCGGGACUGCGGGGCCUUGCUGGGUCUGGGCCUCGGCCAGUACUUCAAGCCCGGUGGCUGGCCGCUGUCCUGGCGGCCACAGGCCUUGUCCCUGGUGCUGUCAUCCAUUGCCCUGUGCUGGGUGUGCCGCGCACCGCUGCCGCUGCGACCACCAGUGCUCUACUACAUGCUGUUUUUUGUCAAGUUCGCCUUGGUGCCUCUGAUUGUGAUGCUUGUGCCCGGACUGGUCCACUUCGUGAUCCGCAAGACCAAGAGGAACUAGACGCUAGUAGAACUUACUUUUUUUUUUUCCUCAACAAGGAUUUCUAUGCUAGCUUUUGGUUUAAUAUUAUUGUAUUCCAGAACACAGAUACCAAUUUUAUUUGGAUCAUGUUGCAUUGCAUUGUCAGCAUGGGCAUAAAAGAAUAUACUGUACACAAAAAGUUAAGGAUAUUUGUCUUUUGGGUGAGGGUCAAGUUAAGUUCAGCUGUAAAGGUUACAGUGCAUUUUAGGGUCAUCCUUAAAAAUUUCCCCAAAGCCAACUAUCCCCAAGGCUUUGUAUGUACUGCAUUUUUUUUUUUUUGGGGGGGACUAAAAAAAAAAAAAAAAAAAAAAAUCUGAAUACCUGCUUAUACAUUUUUAGAUUUCUUCACAUCCUGUCAAUGCUCAAGCCUGAAUUAAUGCUUUGUUUCUUAUUACAUAAUUGCCUUUAUAGGGUUUACAAAAUACUACCACCUGCCACCAGUUCAUCAUAACACGAUGCAUGAAAAUCAUAAGAACCUAUGCAGUGAAAUGCAUAGGUCUGCCAUUUUGAUAUGAAUGUGGCAACAGUUUAAUUUGAGCUGACCUUACUGCAACCUGAUUAUUUUUGUGGUUUACGGCUAGUCAAUGAAUCGUAAAUUAGCUGAGGAUGCCCAGUGUUGAUAGUGUCAUCUACCACCACGCAUUUCCUGUUAAUCGUUGCUGUCAUUCCAGUACCAAAUUGUAUUUACGUGGGAUAGUUCUUUGUAUUUAUUUUUAUUUAACUUAUCACUUGUCUGUCUCAUGUAGCGCUAUAGAAGUCACGUUGCAGACAAUAAAUGACUAAACAUGCUGUUUCA